UGUUAGGCAGCAACAUUCCCUGGUACUAUCAUUAGGCUACCAGAUUUGUCCACCUACGAUCCCUUCACGAACACGGGUACGCACCUCGCAGCUAUUGACUUCACCACGUCCGGUCGGAUAUCGCCGGAGGCGACCAUCUUGCCAGGUUCCUUUCAACGAGUUAGCAUAUAUCAUACACCACACACCCAUAUACCUCAUCUCUAGGAGCGCAGUGUAACCCCAACAGCAUGAACAUGUGGAAGAAUAGUACAAUACCCCGCAGGGAGCAAGGGUUAUGCUCGAUGCGAGGUAGUUGCGGAAAGAAAGGUAUCUUCGGACAAGCUCUACCAUGUCCUGACAAUGGAAAAGCAGAUCAGGCGGACGAAGAUUUGAAACAGGCAUUGCGGGAAGUCUGUGGACCCGCAUGGGCGAUCCCGGACACCGUCUGCUGUACAGCCGAUCAGGUCGAGACCCUACGGUCGUCGUUGCAACAAGCUGAACCGAUCCUCUCAUCAUGCCCGGCAUGCCGCAACAACUUUCGGUCAUACCACUGCACUUUCACCUGCUCGCCCGAUCAGUCUCUCUUCCUUGACGUCGUCUCGACGCAAAAGACAGAUUCUGGGGACGAAGCGGUCAAGGAGGUGGACUAUUACGUUAGCGAGAAGGUCAAGAAUGGCUUCUACGAUAGCUGCAAGAGCGUGCAGUUCGGAGCCACAAACGGAUUUGCGAUGGACCUUAUCGGCGGUGGGGCCAAGACCCCUGACGCCUUUCUUCAGUACAUGGGUGCCUACCGACCUGGACUCGGGUCCCCUUUCCAAAUCAGCAUUCCCAAGACUUCACCGGGUUUCGAUCGGGAGUUUCCUAGCGGCAUAUCUCCCUUGACAUAUCGCCCAUUGAACUGUUCCGACAAUGGUCUCGACUCGCGGUGUACCUGCGUCGAUUGUCCUGAAGUGUGUGCUAGCCUGCCCUACGUCGAGCCACCUCGGGCACCGAACGAUCCUCGGUGCACAGUCGGAUCCGUCUCCUGCUUGACAUUCAGUCUUCUGAUCAUCUACGCUGUCCUGAUUCUGGCCGGCCUUUCCGCCUACUCGUGGAAGCUCUCCCUUCGACACCGACAGAAGCGCUACGAGCGGGUCGCCAUGACGGAUCCUCCUCUCACUUCCCCUACGCAGGCGAGCGGGGCAAAUCCAUUCUCACACCACACAUCGUCAGCUCGAGAGGAGUACUCUAACGAUCUUGGUGGCCUGGACGGAGACGACAGACAGCACACUCCCGGUAACGGGGAGGUACAGUCGACGGCACCAAGCGGGUCAAGUCGUUUCCGGCUCGGGCGAGGCGCCAGCUUGCUCGACCCAAUUGACCAGUUGCAACCGAGACGAAGCAAGAUUAACCUCGUACUGAGAGGAUUUUUCUAUCGACUCGGGUGGACUUGUGCUUCCUCUCCAGCAUUGACAUUCGGAGUGGCCGCUCUCUGUAUCGCCAUCCUGAACAUUGGCUGGAAAUACUUCCAGGUCGAGACAAACCCUGUACGACUUUGGGUAUCUCCGUCAAGUGAGGCGGCUAGUCAAAAAGCAUACUUUGACGAGCACUUCGGACCGUUCUACCGGGCAGAGCAGAUCUUUGUCAUGGGCGUACCGCCUAGAUCCAGCCUGGAAGGCAAUGGCGAUAUCGUUACAUCAGGAACACUACCGCCCGCUACGAACGUCUUGUCGUACGAUACCCUCGACUGGUGGCUAUCACACGAAGCAGCUAUCGCCGAGCUCAGAUCCGAACCCAAUGGUUACACGCUUCAGGACGUCUGCUUCGCACCCGCUGGACCUGGAUCGCCAUGUGUAGUCCAAUCGGUAUCGGCUUGGCUCGGUACAGAUAUGAGUCAAUGGGACGCGGAAGGAGAGAACGGAUGGGAAACCCGGGUUCGAGACUGUGCGGUUUCGCCUGCAGAGUGUCUGCCUGACUUUGGCCAACCUAUCGAUCCGAAGCUCGUACUGGGAGGCGCUCAAGGCGAAUGGCUGAACGCCAAGAGCCUGGUCAUUACCUACGUUGUCGCCAACUCUCUCGACGAGAACAAGGUCGAGAAGGCUGCCGAAUGGGAGCGAACUUUACAAAAGUAUCUGGCGGACCUCCAAGCCAAUUCCAGGAAGCAGGCAAAUGUCCAAAUAGCUUACUCGACCGAAGUAAGCCUUGAGGCGGAAUUGAACAAGAGUACCAAUACCGACGUCCGUAUCGUGGUGGCAAGUUACCUCGUCAUGUUCCUCUAUGUCUCCUUGACGCUUGGCGGAGGCGUCAGCCCAGACUUGUUCCUCGGAGAACAUGGUGUCUUGGCUGGCUUGCGAGAGUUGUGUGUGGACGCGCUGGUCAUGCUUAAGCUGAGAAAGGCAUCUGAAGGGGGGCAGUCUUCCGGUCGUGCGGGAACACCGCCACCGAAACGGCAAUACAUGGCAUCUCUCCUCUCAACCUUACUCUCAGUCAAAUCCAAGUCACUGCUGGGCCUGUUCGGCAUCUGCAUCGUAUUGAUCGCCGUCUCGUCUUCAGUCGGCUUGUUCUCUUGGAUGGGGGUACGAGUCACCCUCAUUAUCGCUGAAGUCAUUCCCUUCCUCGUGCUGGCUGUAGGGGUGGACAACGUCUUCAUCCUCGUUCACGAGCUGGAUCGGCAAAACAGUAUUCACGGGCCAGGUUCGAAGACCGCGCGAGGUCCCAGUGGUGCAUAUACGGAAUCUCUUGACGGAGAGAUGGAAGCUCCCUCGCAUCUACCGGCAGAGGAAAGGGUCGCGCGAACUCUUGCUCGGAUGGGCCCUUCGAUCUUGCUAAGUUCGACUACAGAGAUCGUAGCAUUCGGUCUCGGUGCGCUGGUGCCGAUGCCUGCAGUCCGCAACUUUGCUCUCUACGCCGCUGGAAGCGUUCUUCUAGGCGCCCUGCUGCAAGUGACGGUAUUUGUUAGCGCGAUGACUCUGGAUCUUAGGCGAGCGGAAGAUUUCCGCAUGGACUGCUUGCCAUGCAUCCGCUUACGCCCCCCUGUCGGGCUGUACGACGUGGACCCGGACGCCGUCAAUAACAACGGAGAAUCCAUGAUGACUCGCUUCAUGCGACGGGUAUACGCCCCUUUCCUCUUGAAGCGAGAGGUUAAACAGAUCGUCAUCGCCGCGUUCGGAGGGUUGUUCAUCGUCGCGGUUGUGGGGAUUCAACGUAUCACUAUGGGUCUCAACCAACGCCUUGCCCUACCUUCCGACUCGUACCUCGUUGACUACUUUGAUGCGCUCGACGCCUAUCUCGACGUUGGACCGCCCGUCUACUUUGUCACGAAGAAUGUCGAUGUUACUUCACGACACGGGCAACAACAGCUCUGUGGACGAUUCACGACCUGUAUGGACCUUUCCGUAGCCAAUUCGCUCGAAGCCGAGCGCAAACGUCCCGAGAGUUCGUUUAUCGCGAACCCUCCAGCUCCGUGGAUCGACGAUUUCUUGCACUGGACGGACCCUGCGCUGGAUACGUGUUGUCGAGUCCGAAAGAACGACCCGGACGUAUUCUGCUCAGCUCGAGACUCUGAACGGCUGUGCAAACCUUGCUUUGCCGAUCGAGAGCCAGAAUGGGAUAUUACCAUGCAAGGGCUGCCCGAAGGUCCCGAAGUCAUGCGAUACAUGCAACAAUGGCUAGCAACACCGACAGACGACAAGUGCCCGCUUGGCGGCCAAGCACCGUACAGCUCGGCCGUCUCGCUGGCAUCUGACAAUUCCUCGGUAGUCGCCUCCCAUUUCCGAACGUUCCACGCGCCGCUGAAGACACAGGAUGAUUUCAUCAACGCGCUCGCCGCUGCCAAGCGGGUGGCUAGCGAUAUACAUGCGAGGACAGGGGUCGAAACCUACCCUUAUUCGCUAUUCUACGUGUUUUUCGAGCAGUACGCCUACAUCACAUCGAUGACCAUCGAAGUCUUGUUCCUGGCCCUCGUCGCCGUCAUGGCGAUAACUACCAUCCUCCUCGGGAGCUGGAGGACCGGAGCGACGGUGACCGUCGUCUGCCUCUCAGCCGUCCUCAACGUCAUGGGCGUCAUGGGUUACUGGCAUAUCAGCCUGAACGCCAUCUCCCUCGUCAACCUCGUCAUCUCGCUCGGGAUCGCCGUCGAAUUCUGUUCGCACAUCGCCAGGGCGUUCAUGGGCGCCGGGCAGGGGUUGCCUUAUGAUCACCCCUCGGGAGGCAAGGAGAGGGAUGAGAGGGCUCAGGCAGCUUUGGUAGACGUCGGGCCUGCUGUCUUUUCGGGUAUCACCAUGACCAAGUUGAUUGGAAUUUCGGUACUCGCUCUCACCCGGUCGAAACUGCUGGAGGUCUACUACUUCCGCAUGUGGCUAGCAUUAAUCAUCUCUGGAGCUCUGCAUGGCCUCAUCCUACUCCCCGUGGCCUUGUCAUACACGGGCGGACCUGGAUACGCGCUGGAGGAUAGCGACGAGGACUGGGUGACCUCGGCGAUGAGGCGACCGAUGGACUACGAAUAUUCGCCUUUCCACGAUGCCGAUAGCGUCAUGUCCGACUAGGAUCUACAGCAGAGGAGGUCGUCGCUGGCAGGAAGGAGAGAGGAGGACGAUUAGGCACUCAGCUUGUCUUGUAAUUGCAUGUAGCAUGUAGAUACCACCAUCCAGUACGUACUAUCACGA